UUGAGGUAACAAAUUAGCUAUGGCUUUUACAUCAGUAAAGGCCAUAGUGCUCAUACAACUUUUAGCAUUAGUAAUUGGCUCAUCUUCAAAGCUCAGCUUUGGUGAAGUCACUGAAAAUUCGUCAUUAUACAAUCAUCAGGACAAUAAAAUCAUCUCAACCAAAGUGCGCUUCAGCUUAGGACGCUUUCCUAAGAAAAGUCCCUCUACACCUACACCUGUUAAACGGCCAUCACCAUCACCAUCUAAAUCACCUCCACGACCACCUUCGCCACCACCACCGGCUCAAUCAUCACCUCCACCACCAUCCUCGCCGCCGCCACCAGCUCCAUCACCACCUCCACCAGACCAAUCACCUCCACCACCGGCAUCGCCACCACCUCCGCCGCCACCACCAGUUCAAUCAGCAAAACAAACACCUCCACAGUCGCCAACGGCCCAGACACCAGCAAACCAACCUGCACCACCACCUUCUCAGUCAUCAAAGCUACUACCACCACUAUCACCACCAGCUACUCAACUACCAAUAGGGAAACCGCCGCAGCCAUCACCACCUGCUCAACUUCCAAUAAGGAGACCACCACCAUCACCACCAGCUACUCAGCUACCAAUAAGGAGAACACCGCCGAAAUCACCACCAACUAAUCAACCACCUAACAAGUCAUUACCACCGCCACCAACUGAUUAUGAUGAUCCACCAAUUGAACCACCCGUUGAUCACGAGCCGCCAAUCAUUGAGCCACCACCCGUUUCUCAUGAGCCGCCAUUUGUUGAGCCACCACCAACUAGUCAACCACCUAUUAUACCAUUUCCACCAUCUCUAAGUCCACCAUUUAUUCCAGGAAUCACACCACCGGUUAAGCUUCCGCCGCCGACAAUUCAUCCGGCCGGAAAGCCUCUAAUCGUUGUCGGCCGUGUGAAUUGUAAAUCUUGCAGUAGGAGAGGGCUUCCUUCUCUCUUUAAAGCCUCCCCACUCCACGGAGCUUCAGUGAAGCUAGUGUGUCACAAUAAUGGAAGGAAGGCAAACGUUCAAACAGCAUUGACAGACAAUAAUGGUGAUUUUUCUAUCAUACCCAUAUCUUUCGCCAGAGGAGAUGUUCACAAAUGUAGGGUAUACUUAGUGAAAUCACCCAAACCAAUUUGCAGUGUGCCAACAAAUUACAACAAUGGAAAAUCUGGUGCUGUAUUGAAACCUAUCCUGCUACCGGGUAAUCAUGGCCCAGGCCUAGUGUUUGAUUUCUUUGGAGUUGGGCCUUUUAUAUUCGAAGCCCCCAACAAAUUCCCAUGCAGAAAGUAAUUGAGUUCUUCAAUAUUGAAGACUAGUACUAGCUGGGAAAAUAAAGGUAUGAAAGGAUUUGAGUUUCUGACGGAAAAUCCUUUUAUCUUUUCCUUUCUGUAAUUUAACAAGAAAGAUGCGUCUUUGUACUAACGCUAGAGAAAAUCAUCAACUAUGAAUUUUCAAUUUGAGAAGUCUUGAAAUUAAGUUUAUCAAAAAUUGUAACCAUUUAAUAUUUACUUCUAAU